GAAUGUUUUACACAUUUGUGGACCAAAGGAUGGAAUUUUUUUUAUUUUUAAAAAGAUACUGUCAAUGAUAUGACUAAAAUAUUCACUUGAUGAAGAUGCCUGGACUUGUCUUUGUGUUGGAUUACUGGUCAUUUCUGAAACUUUCUUCAACCACAAUUUCUAUUUGAAUAUUUGAGUAUCAAAGAAUACUCAGUUUACAAUUGUAAAUGAUGCAUUUUGUCUAAGAACUAUAAAUCUUAGAAACCACCUUUGGAUUCCAGUUAUAUUCUCCAAUCAAAGUGAUUCAUCUCAUUCAUCCUUUGAUAAAGUUAAUUUUGAAGAAUUUUAUAUUUAUAAACAACGCUAAAAGAUGGGAGAAAAAAAUGGUGAUGCAAAAACUUUCUGGAUGGAGCUGGAAGGUGAUGGAAAAGUGGAUUUUAUAUUUGAGCAAGUGCAGGAUGUGCUGCAGUCACUGAAACAAAAGAUCAAAGAUGGGUCUGCCACAAAUAAAGAAUACAUCCAAGCAAUGAUUCUAGUGAAUCAAGCAACUAUAAAUAACAACUCAGCACUGAUAAAGGGUGAUAUACCUGUGACCCAGAAUGAACAGGAGAGCAAAUCAAGUUCAUUACCCUCUACAUCAUACGAACACUCCUUUCCAGAAGACAGUACAUUUCCAUCUACAGAAAAUAAGGAAAUUCUCCCUUUGGAAAAUGAAAUUGUAAAAUUAACAGAAAAAGAAUCAUCUUUGAAUUCAUCUUACCAACUUCAUGACUGCUCUGGUGCUUGUCUGAUAAAAAUGCCACUAACUUUCAAGGGAGAAAACCCUCUGCAGCUGCCAAUCAAAUGCCAUUUCCAAAGACGACACGCAAAGACAAACUCUCACUCCUCAGCACUCCAUGUGAGUUAUAAAACCCCUUGUGGAAGGAGUCUUCGAAACGUGGAGGAAGUUUUUCGUUACCUGAUUGAGACAGAGUGUAACUUUUUAUUUACAGAUAACUUUUCUUUCAAUACCUAUGUUCAGUUGACUCGGAAUUUCUCAAAGCAAGAAGAAAUUGUUUCUGAUGUGGAUAUUAGCAGUGGAGUGGAAUCGGUGCCCAUAUCUUUCUGUAAUGAAAUUGACAGUAGAAAGCUUCCACAUUUUAAGUACAGAAAGACUAUGUGGCCACGAGGAUAUUAUCUAAACAACUUUUCCAACAUGUUUACUGAUUCAUGUGACUGUUCUGAGGGCUGCAUAGACAUAACAAAAUGUGCAUGUCUUCAGCUGACAGCAAGGAAUGCUAAGACUUGUCCCUUGUCAAGUAAUAUAAUAACCACUGGAUACAAAUAUAAAAGACUCCAGAGACAAAUACCUACUGGCAUUUAUGAAUGCAGCCUGUUGUGCAAGUGUAAUCGACAGAUAUGUCAGAACCGAGUUGUCCAGCAUGGUCCACAAGUGAGGCUGCAGGUGUUCAAAACUGAGAAGAAGGGGUGGGGGGUACGCUGCCUGGAUGACAUUGACAGGGGGACAUUUAUUUGCAUUUACUCAGGUAGAUUACUAAGCAGAGCCAACACUGAAAAAUCUGAUGUUAUUGAUGAAAAUGGGAAAAAAGGAGAUACUAUGAAAAAUACAUUUUCAAAAAAGAGGAAAAUGGAAGUUGCAUGUUCAGAUUGUGAGGUUGAAGUUAUCCCAUUAGAAUUGGAAACACAUCCUAGCAGGGAUGAAACUGAGGAAUGUCCACCUAAGUUUAAUAAUGAAUCCAAAGAGCCUAUUAUGGAAAUGAAGUAUAACAAUAUUUCAAGAAUUCAGUAUCAUUCAGUCAUUAGAAGUCCUAAAACCAAGACAGCCAUUUUUCAACACGAUGGGGAAAAGAUGGGAUUUGCUUCCUCAGAGUCUGUCAACUCAGAAGAUGAUAAUGGGUGUGAACCAACCCUAGUACAUCUGAACUCUAAAGGCAAGGAAACAAAAAAGGACUCAAGCUCAGACCAAGGUGAAAAUUCUGAAGACAGUCUGCUGAUCGAAUCAGAUGUGAUAGAUAUAACUAAAUGUAAAGAAACGCCACCCAAGGGAAGGUGUAACCAAGCAACUGCAUUGGAUAAUCAGGGGAUAAAAAAGGAAUUUGAGGUUCAAAUACAAGUGCCCCAAGAGGAAAAAUCUCCAGCAUCUCAAAAUCAGCAGGUCUUUUGUGGUGAAGAGUUGCCAAGGGAAACCAAAUACACUUCAUCUGAUGAUCUAAGGAAGUUCAAUAACGGGAAUGUAUUUUUACUGGAUGCCACAAAAGAAGGAAAUGUGGGCCGCUUCCUUAAUCAUAGCUGUUGCCCAAAUCUCUUGGUACAGAAUGUCUUUGUAGAAACACAUGACAAGGAUUUUCCAUUGGUGGCCUUCUUCACCAACAGGUAUGUGAAAGCAAGAACAGAACUAACCUGGGAUUAUGGUUAUGAGGCUGGGAGUAUGCCUGAGAAAGAAAUCCUCUGCCAAUGUGGAGCUAAUAAGUGCAGAAAAAAAAUAUUAUAA